AGCAAACCUAACCCUCCCACCCCUCGUCCAGUCAAAAAAAAAAAGUGCCUUUUUUCCUCCUCUUCGCACCUUACCCCCUUCUCAAUGUCACUGCCAUGUCGACUUCAAAUGCUAGAGAAAGAGGUACUACAUGACCUCUUGCAAUUUCUUAACCUCGAUGAUCGCAUUCACCUGGGAGCCACCUCCCGGUUUUUCAAGCAAGUCAUCUUUGACGCCAACGCGCCAUGGUCAGGGCAAUCCCUGUUAUUUCCUCCCAACGACAACCGUAUUAGCGACUCAGUGGCCACGUAUUUUAUGAAGAGUAUUCCUCGUUCCUUUGCCGUUACAAAGCUUCAACUGGUUGGCUUACCCUUGACCGACACGGCUAUCCUCGGUCUACUUGACCGAUUUGCACAUGCCCUUGAACAUAUCGAGCUUAUCCUCUCACCACAUCAACUUUCCAACCUUUGCGAUCAUCUCGAAGCGUUCUCUUACAACCUCGCCUUAUUGCAGUCGCAAAAUGGCAUCCCACACCUGUUUGGAGAGUACGCAAACGAAGUGCACGAGGCCAAACAAAGAGUCGCUACGAUAUUGGAGGCCAAAGAGACGACGGCAAGUGACGAAUAUAGCUUGUCUCGUCUGUUGAGUCGAUUUGGAUUACCUACAGAGUUGGAUGACCCUCCUUUCGAGAGGUUAGCCAUAGCCAAUAUUCGCUGCCAGGUCCAGGAUUCCCUUAUCAAGUCCGAUCGAGUACGACGUUCCGAUCUCGAAAGCAUGAAUAUGGCUGUCACUCGAGCAAGAAGCUUUGUUGCUUACCUCGCUGGGCAUGAUGUUGGUUGGGCGAUAAACCGUGCAAGUGGUUGUAAAAUUGAUUUUCGGCAAUUCAAGUGUGAGAAAUGCGGGUCAGAGUAUCUCGCCGUUGAUGCCAAUGGAUCGCCCAUAUGUACUGGCGCUUGUGCUAUCGAUCUCACGAUGAAUAGGCACGUCAAGCGCAAGUCCGCGCUCGAUGAUACUUUCGCUCUGUAUGAACCAGAUUCAAAACAUCAUCAUUCUGUGCCUUCUUCAUCUUCAUCGUCUCGUUAGGGAUGGUUACAAAAAGCAACCAAAAAAAGGUAUCCUUUCCAGUUCGUGAAAGCUGAGUAAGACCUUGC